AUGGCUCAGCAGCUGGUUAGCGAGUUACUUAAUGGUCGCGUCACGGUCUUCGGUGGACUCGGGGACCUAUCGCUCGAGGUACGGGCGGUAUUAGGCGGCGAUCUGGGGGAGGACCUUAGCCGUGUUAUUAAACUCCAUAUACCGCUGAAUGGUGUGGUCCAUAAAGAGCAGCCACGCAUGCUACUCCUCGCGUUAGCCGAGGCGAUAGACGCGUCUCUGGUUCUCAAUGAGUUGUACGCGGCCUGUGAGACUACGUUGAUACCGUCACAGUCAUCCGUUAUGUCCGCGAAUUUGCCCAUCAAUGCAUCUGCAGCUGAGACAGUAGUGUUGAAGUGGUUAGGCAAUGACUUGGGUUAA